AUGCAACGUGCCAUAUCACAACAGAUAUUAGGUGUUUAUUUCCUUUAUUUUGCACCACAACGGUUCCAUUACAUCGAACUAGCUGAAGAUUCGCCAUCGAGCUUAGCUCGUCGAGCAGAACUAAAAAACUAUGAUCGAGUUAUCUUUUUAAAUGGUGUCAAUAUUGAGAAUGACACUCAUGCUAUGUUCUAUUAUCGCUUUGAUACUGCACGGCAUCUUCCAGUUCAAAUGCUUGUCUGUAGCCCAGCUACAUAUGAACAUUAUAAAACUAAUAAAAAGCAAUUUCAUCUUGAUCUUCCAACUAUUCAACAUUUAAAGCCAGUAUAUGCAACAUCAAUAUCCGAGUCUCAUACAGAUAUACCAGCAGUUUCUGUUGACAAUGAAAGCUUUUAUGCUGUCCGAUGGGAUAAUAGUGACAUUGUUUCAGCAGUAUCUCAAUCAGCUGUUUUUAAAUCACCAGAAUAUACUUAUAUAAAUGAUGUCUGUUUUAUCGAAACAAUAGAACAGUAUCGAAAAGGACAAAUUAUUGCUAAAGGUGUGUUCUUAUGA